UGUGUGUCCCCAGGAACUACAUUUCCCAUGAUGCUCUGUGACAGAGGGAUGGAUUUCCUGUAGAAGGGGGGGAAGCUGUGUGUGUGCGCAGGAAGACUUAGGAACUGAUGGAACAGAGGUUGGCGGAAUAUAGAGCGAGGAAAGCUAAACACCACCAGGAAGAUGCGCAAACCAGCGACAGUCAAACAGGAAAAGAGCAAGCAAAAAAAUCAUUAACCCAGACGCUGAAAGAGAGAUUUCACAGGGUCUGCAACCGGUGGAGAACACCGGAUAUAGCGGGUCAUCAGAACAUGGCUCCUACAAUACAGACCUCGGAGCCGAGAGAAGAAGCAGCACUUCUCGAUGACACAUCUUCUUCCAGGUCAAAGUGGAAGGUCACCCUGCUCCUGAAGGUCCUCCUGUGGCUGGUCCUGCUGGGACUCUUUGUAGAACUUGAGUUUGGACUGGCAUACUUUGUCCUCUCCAUGUUUUAUUGGUUGUAUGAAGGAACUCGUGGGCCUGGACAGAAGAGGAAAGGAGAGAAGAGCGCCUACUCUGUUUUCAACCCGGGAUGUGAGGCCAUAGACGGAACAUUGACUGCCGAACAGUUUGAGAGGGAACUGCAGUACGGGACGUUGACUGGGAUCUAACUACAAGACAUACGGCUUGACUUCUAGAUAUAUAAAAUUAAUAAACUGCCUGAAAGACCCA